AUGCUCAUAUUAUUCGUGAUUUUUCUUCCCACCAUCUCGUGGGCACUGAAGCUUGAAUGCUUCGAACGAAUUCGCAAUCAUACACUGAUCGGAGCAGUUGUCGUUACUCUCGAGGAUGUCAGUGUGCAACAAUGCCAGCAUGCCUGUCUGGAAGCGAAGAAUCAGGGUUGCAGGUAA